CUGUCAGCGGCACGCUCACACCACGAAGUCGGCAGUGCAGCUGUCAGUGCAGACCCCUGGCCCUCAGCAAGAGGCAGCAGCCCCCAAGGACGCAUUCACCCGGGGGAUGCAGGAGCCUGUCCACUCUGUGCCAGCAGCUAUUCUGAGAGUGGAACAAGGGAUGAAGCCUCAGGAGGAUGGGGACAGACCCCACCAGAAAAUGGAGUGUGGAGGAAGAGCCAGCGGCAGCAGCACGACCAGCAAGACGACCCUGCCUGGCACCAGCAAGAUGAACCAGGACCCUGGGGCAGCAGGGGAUUCCCCUUCCACCCAGGCAGAGCAGGCGUCGCCACAGAGCAAGGGAGCUCCGCGGGGUCAAUCAGAUAAGAAGGGUGAGGGCCCCAGCAUCUCCACUACGGGGGACAUGGGGACACCACCGCCUCCAAGAAGAAGGCCCCCACAGAGAAAAAACAGCUCCAGUGAGGACAGACCCUCAGCUCUGCCACGGCCUCCACACCACGUUUGGAUCUGUCUUGAUAUCCACCAUGUGACAAGGGUCCUCGCAGCACCAAGAGACUGCCACAAAGCCAAACAAAUUGCUGAAGAUCUGCAGAAGCAGGUGCAGGCUUCACAGUCGGAGCAGCUCCCAGACAAUGUGGGGCAACCAAGGAUGGACCCAGCAGCAGAGGGCACCGGGGCCGUGCCACGCAGAAGACGUAGAAGGGCACGGAAGGACAAGGGAUGCUCCCAGGACAGACCCGUCUUCGCAAGACUCCGUCCAAAGUUCAUCAAAGCCCCAAACCACAACCUGCCUGGCACGGAAAGCUCCCAGAAUUUGGCUCUGUCUGCAGCUGCAGUCCCAGGUGCAGCUGGAGGAAAGACAGUGGGAGAGAAGAAACCAUCUGCAGAGAGGGCCAAGGUUCAGCAGGACCCAGCAGGGCACGGAGCCAGCAAGCAGCAGAUCCCUGCCAGCCCCACCAGGGAGUAGGGGCUCUCUCAAUAAAUGUGUCAGUGGAAACAAGCUCAUGGGCGAGUGUCUCUAAUUUCCUGGGGAAGCACUGCGGCUCCCCUGCUCACUACUAGGCCCUCCUUGCAUGGGCAAGGCUGGCAGCGCUGUUGGCUGCUUCUGUGGGGAGGAGUGGGUUGGGGGUGGCCUUCCCCUGAGGCUUUCAGAGGCAGCAUGGGCUGCCAAGCUCCCUGGAGGCUCAACUUGGAGUUGCCAGAGGACAGCAGUGAGUCUACCACUUCUGACACAGAGAGUGAAACCAGCUGCUCUUCAACGGUGUCUCUGGACUCUUGGAGCACCAUCUCCUGCACUACCAUCACGGAGAGCGAAUCCACACAGAUUUCAAGGGCAUCUACCCCCACUCCUCUGCAGAAAGAAGACUCACUUCAUGCUUCUGUGUUCCAGCCUGGCCUCAUGCAUCCCAAGGCUGGCCCAGGGGAGCAGCAUGACCAUGACACUUGCCAACCCUGCAGGAAAGAAGUGGUCAGAUGCCACAGGGCCAGCAGUGUGCACCAACACCAGCAACACGUCCAGGUCCAGCAGGCUGCUCCCACCCAUCCUCCAGAGGUGCCCAAAUUCCACUCCAUGGAAAUGAAGACAUCUUUGCCACAAAAGAAAUCCAAGGAGGCCUUAAACUACUUCACCUCACAUAAGAAAGAGGAGGAGAAACUGCGCCUGCCAGCUGAUGGGGACAAGCCUCCACAAAAUGAUCCAGCCUCUGCUUCGAAAGUAUCGAAGCAAGAAGAAGAGCCUAAUAUGAAGGCGGUUCCCAUGGUGUGGGACCUGACCUUCAUAGACAAGGCUGUGAAAAAUCAGCUGGAGCAUGUAGUGGAAAAAAUGUAUAUACAAAAGCAAUUUGGACUGUCAGAGAUGCUGUUGUCCUGUGAGGGGAGCUUUUCAGCCACUGUCCUGGAAGCAAGGACAGCUGUCCCAACCACAGCUCCUCGAUCACCCCAAUGGCGAGCAGAGCCACAUGUGGUGGUGACUCCUGUGGAGAAGGACCCACCCUGUGUGGAAAAGACUGUGAACCGUCAUCUGGAGGGGCCUAACGGACAAAAGCAGACAAAAGAGCUCUUCGGGCUACCAGGGAUCCUGGCUUGCCUGAAAAGAUCUUCAGACCCCGUCCUGGGACAAAAAGACUCCCAGACUGAGCCUGUCCACUCUGUGCCAGCAGCUAUUCUGAGAGUGGAACAAGGGAUGAAGCCUCAGGAGGAUGGGGACAGACCCCACCAGAAAAUGGAGUGUGGAGGAAGAGCCAGCGGCAGCAGCACGACCAGCAAGACGACCCUGCCUGGCACCAGCAAGAUGAACCAGGACCCUGGGGCAGCAGGGGAUUCCCCUUCCACCCAGGCAGAGCAGGCGUCGCCACAGAGCAAGGGAGCUCCGCGGGGUCAAUCAGAUAAGAAGGGUGAGGGCCCCAGCAUCUCCACUACGGGGGACAUGGGGACACCACCGCCUCCAAGAAGAAGGCCCCCACAGAGAAAAAACAGCUCCAGUGAGGACAGACCCUCAGCUCUGCCACGGCCUCCACACCACGUUUGGAUCUGUCUUGAUAUCCACCAUGUGACAAGGGUCCUCGCAGCACCAAGAGACUGCCACAAAGCCAAACAAAUUGCUGAAGAUCUGCAGAAGCAGGUGCAGGCUUCACAGUCGGAGCAGCUCCCAGACAAUGUGGGGCAACCAAGGAUGGACCCAGCAGCAGAGGGCACCGGGGCCGUGCCACGCAGAAGACGUAGAAGGGCACGGAAGGACAAGGGAUGCUCCCAGGACAGACCCGUCUUCGCAAGACUCCGUCCAAAGUUCAUCAAAGCCCCAAACCACAACCUGCCUGGCACGGAAAGCUCCCAGAAUUUGGCUCUGUCUGCAGCUGCAGUCCCAGGUGCAGCUGGAGGAAAGACAGUGGGAGAGAAGAAACCAUCUGCAGAGAGGGCCAAGGUUCAGCAGGACCCAGCAGGGCACGGAGCCAGCAAGCAGCAGAUCCCUGCCAGCCCCACCAGGGAGUAGGGGCUCUCUCAAUAAAUGUGUCAGUGGAAACAAGCUCAUGGGCGAGUGUCUCUAAUUUCCUGGGGAAGCACUGCGGCUCCCCUGCUCACUACUAGGCCCUCCUUGCAUGGGCAAGGCUGGCAGCGCUGUUGGCUGCUUCUGUGGGGAGGAGUGGGUUGGGGGUGGCCUUCCCCUGAGGCUUUCAGAGGCAGCAUGGGCUGCCAAGCUCCCUGGAGGCUCAACUUGGAGUUGCCAGAGGACAGCAGUGAGUCUACCACUUCUGACACAGAGAGUGAAACCAGC